UUUUGAUCGCAGGCCAUAAAAUAUGGGUCUGAUAUAAAGUAAACAUGGAAUGGAGAAAGAUAGCAAUCAAUUUUCACAAUUAAUUAAUCUAUCUCUUUCUUCAUCAUGAUAAAUCUCUUCUUCAUCUUUGUUUUCAUCUUCAUCAUUGUUCCACUUUCCUCUUCCGUUGAACACGAUUCUCACUUGCUCAGACGAGGUCUUGUUCAACAGAAAUACUUGGAAAUCACUCGUCCAUUGCCCUUCGCUAAUCUCACUCCUUCCUGCACUCUUCCCAUCCUCACUCAUGACUUCGGAAAUACGAUGGGUCUUCCACCUAUCUCCGUUGAUUACACUCCUCCAGAGAAAUGCUCUUGGAACCAUGUGGCUCUUCAAUUCAACGCAUCUUGCAAAGGAGUACAGUAUGACCGUAUUGCUGCAGUUUGGCUUGACGGUGCCGAUCUCUUACGUACCAGCACAGCUGAGCCUACUGUAGAUGGCGUUUUCUGGACUGUUACUAAGGAUGUUACCAGGUACACGUCCCUACUCGUCAAGGAGAAUAUUUCUCUUUCUGUUAUGCUGGAAAAUUUGGUCGACGAUGUUUAUACAGGUGUCUAUCGUGUUAAUGUUACUUUCUUAUACUAUGAUGUUGAUGAUACGGGUGUUCCGUUGAAAUUGAGACUGGUAGAUGAUGUGUUUGUGGAUAGUCCCAUAAGAGGAGGAGGUUCGUUGAGUUUGAAUGAUAAACCAGCAGAUUUGAUAAUGCCUAUUUCGGGUUAUGGAGGUGAAGGAUUUUGGUUCCGAAUUCAAAGCGAUUCGGAAUUGCAUGGGAAAAGUGUUGCCAUACCGAAGAACACGUACAAAGCUGUCAUGGAAAUUUGCGUAUCAUUUCACGGGGACGAUGAGUUUUGGUACUCAAAUCCCCCUGAUUCUUACGUAAGGGCAAAUAAUUUGACUAGCCAGAGAGGGCACGGAGCGUACAGGGAAGUUUUGUUGAAUAUAGAUGAGAAUUUGGUAGGAUCCGUGGUUCCAUUCCCUGUAAUUUACCCAGGUGGAAUUAAUCCCUUGUACUGGGAUCCAGUUGUUUCAAUUGGGGCCUUUGAUCAUCCUUCUUACGACAUCGACUUAACUCCAUUUUUAGGGAUUUUACUCGAUGGUAAAUCCCAUUUUCUGUGGUUUAAGGUGGUGGAUAGUCUCCCUUUCUGGCUUGUGGACGCCAAUUUGCACCUUUGGUUAGAUAAACAAUGCACAGGUGAUUGUGCAGUGCAGGCUGCAAUUAUUGAUUCUGGAACUCCAGACUUUGAGAUUGAGAUGGAGCGAUCUUCAGACUUUCAAGGUCUGGAUGGAUCGUACGAGGUUGAGAUGAAGAGGAAGAGCGAGUAUCGUGGGUGGGUGAAGUCAUCAGCAGGCAAUUUGACAACUACAGUUUCACGAGAACUCAAGUUCAAGAACAAGAUAAAGUUUCAUGAAAAGGGAAAUGAAAAGAAGGUAAAGCAAAAAGUGAAAGAAGAGAUUGAAAUUAGUGUUGUAGAGUCUGAAACGGGUAUCAAGAUUUCUCAUACAAGUCUGAAGAGGAAAUAUCCUCUAACGAUAACCACUAAGACUAGUAAGCCAUCGAAAGAGGAUAAUGGUACAAAAUUGAUGCUUUCUGAAUUAGAAAAUGAAUGGAGUGAGAAGAAGAAGUGGGGUGAAGGAUAUUCUUCUUCUUCUUCUUCUUCUUCAAGCAGUUUGAAAAAUGGGCAAAAAUGCAAAGGGUGGAUGAAUGUUCAAGAUAAUGUUGUUGUUCAAGGUGAAGCAACUACUGAACAGAGGUAUUCAUAUAAUGGUGAAGCUAGUAGCUAUUCUAGGGAAAUUACAGCUGCCAAUGGCAGGCUUAUAAAUGACACUGCUAACUACUUCAAGUUUGCUUCAUUUACUACUAUGUAACAUCUUUUGGAACUAUCCUUGUUAAAUAAAUGCUCUCCUACUAGGA